GGCACACCUCACAAAUAUAAUGCAAAAAGGAAAAGAGAAAGGAGGGGGGAGGAGGGAGGGAGGAAAAAAAAACCUUUGGUAUGCUGUUGUUGCUGUUUGCUCUAAAGAAUGACAACCAUGUUCGCAGGCUAUUAAGGACUUCAAAAUUGACCAAGAGGAAACGCAUAUUUGAUGAUGACACAAUCUUUGUUGGUGUCGUUGUUCAACGUCAGGAAACUCCCACAAGGAAUGGCUUAAGAACACUUAAGGUAGGCAGAGCCGUUUCUCAGACAGCUCUAGUAAAUCAAAGGGGAAGAAGAGAGAGAGCUAGUGUGUACAUUCAGUUCCUAAAUAGAUGACAGGAUGAGCUCCAACCAAGGUUUCUACCACUUUCCUGCUGGAUCUUUCAGAGGUGCUGCUGCUACUGUGGCAGGAUGCAAUUUUGCACCUGCUGAAGGCUACUACCGAGCAUCCAGUUUACACGGAGGAAGCAGCAGCACCCGCAUUCCCAUGUCCUUUGGAAGACCCAUUUGGCUCACCUCUGAUGCUGGUGUAGGGUGGGGAAGCUUCGGUGGGAGCCAUGGAAACCUCUUCAUGGGCAGGAAUGAGAAGCAGACCAUGCAGGAUUUGAAUGACCGUUUGGCCACCUACCUGGACAAGGUGCGUUCCUUGGAAGAGGCCAACACCCAGCUGGAGGGCUGCAUCCGGGAGUGGCACGAAAGGAGGUCUCAAGGCAUGAAGCAUGACUUCACGGAUUACGAGCAAAACAUCGUAGACAUGCACGAGCGGAUCGAGACUGGACGGGUUACCAAUGCAGGCAUUGUUUUACAGAUUGACAAUGCAAAGAUGGCAACCGAGGACUUCAGGCUCAAAUAUGAGGCAGAAAAAGCCCUCAGGCAAAGUGUGCAAGAUGAUGUUGAGAAUAUUCGCAAAGAACUUGACAACAUGACAAUCAUAAUAACUGACUUGGAAAUGGAUAUUGAAGCUUUGAGGGAAGAUCAUAUACUCAAGAAGAAAGAACAUGAGAAGAAUAUGGAAGACUCCGGUGCUUUUAAGGAUGUCAAUGUGAACGUGAAGGUGAAUACAGCUCCACAAGAAGACCUGGCCAAGAUCCUGGCAGGGAUAAGAUCAGAUUAUGAAGCAAUUAUCCAAAAGAAUCACCAAAGCCUUGAUGCCUGGUUCCAGCAGCAGAUUGCAAAUGACUCUUUGGAAGAAAAGCCCAACCAGGAAGAACAACAAAGCAACCAAAAGGAAAUAAGUGAGUUGAAUCGCACACUGCAAGGCCUGGAAAUUGAUCUGCAGACACACCUCAACAAGAAAUUUUCCCUUGAAAACAACCUGGAUGAAACCAGAGCUUACUAUGCAUUCCAACUUCAAAGCAUCCAAAAUGUAAUCUCUCAAUGCGAAGAAGAGCUUAGUGAGUUUCGACAUGACAUCAAGUGUCAAAAUAAUCAAUACAAAGUUCUCCUUGGAAUAAAAACUCGCCUGGAGACAGAGAUUUCAACUUAUCGCCAGCUUCUGGAUGGAAAAGGGAUGGCAGGCUCCAGUUCAACCAUGAAAGAAUCUGGAUCAAACAACCUGAAUCUCAAGAAGAUUGUACAGGAAAGUGUUAAUGGACAGAUAGUCUCCACACAUACCACCGACAUUAAAAGGCAGGUUUGAGCUCACAGUGUGAAG